AUGAGUAAUAAAUUAAAGCAGAACAACAUCAAAUCGGAAGAAAAAGUUGUCGAUUUUGAUGUGAACAAACUUACGAGCAAAUUUGAUAUGAACAGUUAUAAUGAAGAUUAUGUUAUUACUAAUAAUAUUUUAAAGUACCAUAUGAAAAGUAUAGACAUAUGUAAUUAUGAGAAAAAUAGAAUAUACGAUAAAAAAGAAUUGGAUGUAUACAAAGAAAAAAUAAUCUCAAAAUAUAAUGUCCAUUAUUAUCCUUAUGAAUUAUAUUUUAAUUCUUAUAAAAAUAUUUACCAAGAGGAAAAAGUUCUUUUAAAUGUACCAAAAGUAUCGAAUAAAAUAAAUCAAAAAGAAAAUGAAAAUGAAAAGGAAAAUGAAGACAAAGAUGAAAAUGAUGAAAAAGAAAAACAUAAGGAGGAUAAUAUAUCAAAUGCCUGUGAUGAAGAAAUAGCCCUCGAGGACGACUAUAUUUUCGAUUAUAAUAAAAGUGACGACGAUUUAGAAAAUGAGGAUCACGAUGAAAAUGUGAUUUAA